AAAGAUUGUUUCCAGGUGGUGUGGGUGCGGUGAGGACCAGCAGGGGGCCACACUGAGCCAGGUGAGUGAUACAUGAGGAUGAGUCCGUGUUUUAGGAACCAACCUGAUCUGGAUUCACGUCUCAAACUUCCGUCCUGCUGCUUUUAAAGACGCACAAACCUCAGAUUGAAGCGCGUCCCUGCCAAUCACCCAGGUCUGCGUCUGCAUCUGCUGGAUUCAGGUUUUUUGUUUUUCUGUCUGAGGCUGUCUCAUCUCUGCAGAUCUGGUUUAGGUUAGGGUCUCCACGCGCUCUGAUUGGCUCAAACUUUGGACUGGAGUUUAUGUUUUCCACCACACCCAACGAUAAAUCUUACUCCAGGCUUUUCUCUGCGUUAUCAGCCUGAGGCGCAGCGACGGGGCACAGCAGGAAUAUUCCAUCUGGACUUUUUUAGAAAUACUUUUCAAUCAAAUCUUAAAAAGUGAGAAAUAUCUGGACAGUUUUUCCAGCACAGCUUUCUUUUUAAAACAGUACAGUUCAUUAGUUCAUCGUUUAUCAGCCAAGCAGAGAGAAACACUCUUCAUCUCUGAGUCUGGAGCAGAAAUCUUCUUAAAGAUUCUUUCCUUUAAAAGCUCCUGCAGACAGAGGAACCACCAGUCCACCGUCCUUCACUCUCUGAACGCCUGUUUUCUUGGAGCGCGUAAAAACGCACGGCCUCUCCACAUGGCGCACAUGUGCAGGCAGCUGACCGGCAGCGCGGCGAGCUGCGCGGGCUGGGUCGGGAUCAUGGUCGCCACGGCCACCAACGACUGGGUCCGCACCUGCGACUACACGAUGACCACCUGCAUCCGCAUGGACGAGCUGGGCGCCCGGGGCCUCUGGGCCGAGUGCGUCAUCUCCCCGGCGCUUUACCACUGCCAGGCCCUGGACCACAUCCUCUCCCUGCCCGCUUACGUCCAGACGUCUCGCGCCCUGAUGAUCCUCGCGUGCCUGCUCGGCCUCCCCGCCAUGCUGCUCGUGCUCACGUCCAUGUCCUGCGUCCGGCUGCCGAACGACACCUCUGCCGUGAAGCUGCGCCGCGCCCGCGUGGGAGGGGCCCUCUUCAUCCUCAUGGCUGUGUGCGGCAUCAUCUCCACCGUCUGGUUCCCCAUCGGCGCUCACCUGGACGAGGGUCUGAUGUCGUUCGGCUUCUCCCUGUACGCCGGCUGGGUCGGCUCCGGCCUCUGCCUCGUGGGCGGCUCCAUGAUCCUGUGCUGCCACGGCACCGACCUCAGGAUCCCGAGCAGAGAGAACAGCUUCUACUACUCCAGACAGGGGGGCACGGCCACGCCGAUGGACCCCCCCGCCAACCACGCCAAGAGCGCCAGGGUGUGAAGCCUGCUCCUCCGGGACUGCACAUGAUCAUAAUCAAGUUUCACAUUUAUCUGAUAAUGUAGCAUCAAACAUCAGACUGAAUUCAUUUAAUCUGAUGCAGCGUUCCCUGCAGAUUCACCUUCAACAAACUUUAUUCACCACUAAAACUACAGGAGAAGAGGAGCUCACUGAAACAGAAAGAUAGAAAACUAACAAGAUGCAUUUCAAAGUCCUCAAUCCAGACUACAGAGUAUCUGU